GCCAUUAGGGCAGCCUAGGCAACGCGUGACGGCACUCGCCCUCCGUUGACGUCGUCGACGCGUUCGCGAAGGACUGCGUCUGCACGACGGCUAGCCAUGGACGCCGCCCAGUGCCUCGCCACCCUCAAGGCCCUGGGCGCCGACGCAGCCGUCGUCUCGGACAUCGUCAUGGACCCGGCCUGGCGCCGCGACCCCGAUUCGGUAAGAAGCUGCGCCGCGGCGACGACGACGAACGCCUUCCGCGACGACGGUCCACGGCGCGCGGCGCGGGCACGCGCGUGCCAAUGGUUGCGGGCGAAAGUAUCACCUGAUUUGCGCAAGGACUGGGACGCGAUGAUACAGCUGGGCCAGAACGACGUGGUCGAGACACCACAACGAUCAGAAGAGACGGCCGAGGACGCGGCCGGCGACGUCUUGAUGCAGCUCGUGAGCACCGGUUCUUUAGUGGAUGGAGAAAUGGACCAGACGCUGCCGGAGCGUUUUGGGGAGGUUCUCGGGCCUUCCGGAAAACUCUCGCAAGGGAGACAGCUCGCGCGGGAACCGCCCGUUUAUCUGCUAGAGGACUUUGUCAGUGCCAGCGAACGACAAGCUAUGUUACAAUGGGCCGCGGCCGCCAGCUUUGCUCACUCGCGGAUUGACGGCGGCGUCUACGCAGAUAGCGCAAGGUCCCAAGCAAGAACGUCGACGAGCUGCGCCGUGCCGCGCGGGACGCUGCCAGCAUUCGACGCCUUGGCUGAAAGGGCCGCUUCGUUGAUAGGCGGCCGCGCCAACCAGGUCGAGCCCCUGCAAGUUGUGAGGUACGAGGGCGGUCAACGCUUUGAUAAUCACCACGACGCGGGGACGGUCCGGCCGUCGGGCGCGAUCCAGGUCGUGCCGCCGCGGCGCAUCGCAACUUUGCUACUCUUCCUGACGUCGAUUGAUGAGGACGACGACGAUGAUGAGGGUGUCCCUAAUGGUGCGACGGUGUUUCCCUCUUUACAAAUUGCGCAGCGGCCAAAAGCUGGUGCAGCGCUCUUGUGGCCGAACAUCGGCCUGGACGGGCGGCCUGAUGGACGCACCAUUCAUCGCGGCAACCCCGUGCGGGGCACGGUCAAGUACGCCGUGAACGUGUGGAUCUGCGCGGAAGACGUGGGCGACCGCGGCGUUCAGUCUCUUGAUUUAGAGAAGCUCCGCGUCAAGUAUGGCAUCGGGAACGCGGCGGCGGCGCCCGUGCCGUUCCCGCCGCCUGUGCCGCUCGCGCCAGUUGCGCCGCCUGCGCCGCCCGCGUCGUCGUCGUCGUCGUCGUCGUCGUCGUCGUCGAGUAGUGAGAGCGACGACGACGUCCCGCCGGCGGCGGCGACGGAUUUCGAGGCGCCGGACUAA